AUGUCGAUCCAUACAUCCGCUCGUUGGGCCAUGCGAUCUGUCCCUCCGCUGACGCAGGGAUGCGCUGCACUUCGCCGCUUUUCCGUCCAGCAUUCAUGCCGAUCAGCACCUGAAGCUACCGCUCCCUCCGUUGCAGCUUCCUUCCUUUCGCGAUUCCAAUCUAUGGGACCACAGACUCGCUCGCAGGUACUCGAUGCCAACCAGCUACAGCUUCUAUCUCUCACCUUGAACCGACCCUCUCUUUACCCGAACUCUCCAUCGCUGUCGAAUGCCUCUGGUGUCGUGCCGACAGGUACGCCCUUGCCCCCCGCCUACCAUCUAGUCUACUUCACCCCUGCAUUCCUGGAGGGUGAGCUGGGUGCCGACGGAACCGAUGUCUCUUAUAACCCAGAGCCGCCCUUCACGAGGCGCAUGUGGGCCGGCGGUGAAGUUCAAUGGCCUCGAGGGGCAGACGGAAAGCCCAACCCAUUGCGUGUCGGGCAGGAGGUUCAGGAAACCACGCGGGUGCUCAGUGCGGAGCCUAAGAUCAUUCGUAAGACUGGAGACGAAAUGAUUGUCGUGAGUGUAGAGAAAGAGUUCCGUAAUGAACACGGCGUGGCUGUUAUCGAUCGUCGAAACUGGGUUUUCCGCAAAGCCUUGGCUUUGGCAUCAUCACCGGUUUCAGCUUCUCCAAUCUCUGUUCACUUACCCGCAUUGCCCGCAUCUUGCUCUACCUCCACCGUGGGAAAGACUCACACUCGCACUCUCAGGCAAACAGCCGUCACUCUCUUCCGCUUCUCAGCCUUAACUUUCAAUCCCCACAAAAUUCAUUACUCCACUCCGUGGGCUAGGGAUGUGGAAGGCCACAAGGAUAUUGUCGUUCACGGCCCCCUAAAUCUGAUCUCGAUUCUGGAUUUGUGGAGAGAUACCCGGGCGGAUAGCGCCACCGACUCAUCCUUAUUGCUCCCAGAGAGUAUCUCUUAUCGCGCCACCAGCCCGCUGUAUGCCGAAGAAACGUAUCGGAUCGUGCUUGAUGAGGAGCAGGGUGACGGUGUGAGCCGAGUACAGAUCUUCACGCCGGAUGAGAAGGUGGCCAUGAAGGCUGAGAUCAGAUGA